UUGACGACUGUCAAAGACUUCCACUAGCACCAUUCAAACCCUUGUGUAAACGCACUGCGCAUGCUCUUUCCGAGGAGGCCGCUCAACUUCUGUUCACCGCGCGCUGGAAUCGCCAUAACUGGAACCGGGGAUUCGGUUAAGGGCUCACGGAGUGCCUGUAGCAGGGUGAAUCAGAAUGGGAGACAAGCCGAUAUGGGAACAAAUAGGAUCCAGCUUUGUGCAACAUUACUAUCAUCUGUUUGACACAGACAGGACUCAACUUGGAUCAAUAUAUAUUGAUGCGUCAUGCCUUACGUGGGAGGGUCAGCAAUUCCAGGGAAAAGCAGCAAUUGUCGAAAAGCUCUCCAGCCUGCCCUUCACAAAAAUAGGCCACAGCAUAACAGCACAAGAUCACCAGCCCACCCCUGAUAGCUGCAUAUUAAGUAUGGUAGUAGGCCAACUAAAAGCUGAUGAUGACCAGGUGCUGGGUGUCCAUCAGACCUUUCUGUUGAAAUAUUUCAACACUGCCUGGGUUGGCACCAAUGAAGUCUUCAGGCUUGCCCUGCACAACCUUUGAGUUUAAAGACUCUUUAUGGUCAAAUGGCCUUUCCUUGUUCUCUUAAUGUUUGUAAGGACCAGAGUCCGCUUGGGCUCACAUGCUCACUGAAUGCCCACAGUACAAACAGCUUUAAGCUGUGUUUGCAGAUUCAACUUGAUGUGUCAGAUGUGUCAUGUUUACCUGGUGUGUGAGGCUGAAUAUAAAUUGCGUGUGCCUAUUAGGUCAUUGUACUGUUGAGCGCAAGAAGGCUCACGCUUACCUUACUGUUUUCCACACAUAUAUUACAGUGGAAUUACUUACUGUAACAUUAAACUCUCUGUCUUCCCUAUAAACAACUACAUUUGCAGUAUCGUCAUUGAUCACACAGUGUAACACAUUUUUUAUAUUUUUCUGCCGCGCUAAUUAUUGUGCUAAUAUUUAUUUUCAUGUAGAAUCAAUGUUUUAGUCUAUACUUGGCUCAAUUAAAAUUUGAGCUUAUAUCAUUACGAUAUAUUGGUAAAUUGCAAAUACAUUUUUUUUUUUUAUAAACAACACAUAUUUAAAACAAUAUUUUCCAAUUGUCACUGUCAGAAAAUACUAGAAAUUUCUGUAGCACAUGGAAGAUGCGAUGAAGCAUGGAUGGGUGACGGCGUCUGGAUCUUUGUUUGUGGGGACAAUAUUAGUAAUAAACAAAAGACUAAAACUAUCAAAUGUAUAAUUCUGAAGUUUUGGACGACUCAUCUUUAGUAACUGUUAUGUUAUACUGUUGUUUUGAGUUCAGUGUUAUCCCAUUACCUUGUAAUGUACGUGUAUGUAAAUGUACAUGACAUAGCUACUUUGAUCAAAGUGUUGCUGUUAAAAAUAAGAAAAAGUUCACUAGUAGGGAAAAUGCUUACCAAUCCUACUGUGCAGAACACAUGAAACCCUGGUACAGUAAUCAAAUGGCAUCUUAGAUCUCUUUCUUGGGUAUAACAAGUGUCCAGCUUUAGCCCAAACUUGCAUGCAUCAUGCUCCACAGAAAAAAGUUGAAUAAAGUGGUACUUUUUUGAGAGUCAAGAGUCACAUCAGUAAAUGGCAUGUGUGUAAUGAAAUGAGAGGAUUAUUGCACACCGGUUUUAGGACCUUCGUCUAAAUCUGUUCUUUGUGUGUGU